CUCGGACCAUUUACAUUCAUUUCCUUUCUUCUUGUCACAAUAAACGUACUUGGCUCGUCAAGCUUCAACACUUUGAUAUACUUUCGUCAUAAUACUUUUACAAUUCAUCACCCCCUCCAACACUCCGAUAUAACUUCGUUAUAGUUCUUUACGGAUCAGCAUCCCCUUCAUCAACACUCACUCAACUCAGCUAUCCUUCGUCAAGAUGUCUUCCUCCUGGGGUGCGGAUAUGACUGUCACCGUCUCUGAUUUCGACACGGCCUACUUGAGUAUGAACACAGAUGAGCAAGCUUUGGCUGGAUGGAUGGUUUCAUAUGAUGACGGUUCUUCAUACCGAGAAAGUACCUCCGAACCUAAUCAGGUUGCGCUACGCCAAAGUCCAAGUACCAGCAGUACUACAAACGCUAACGAUCGCACCAUGAUUAUGCGCGAUCGGUUACAUGCUGCUGGAUCCUUUCAAUGCGAUGGAGUCGCCAACCAUAGUCAAGAAAGCGCUCGACAUCAUGUUGGUGAUCCAACACAUGAAGGAUCGUCUUCAUCAGGCAUCAAACAACAUCCUCUCGGUACGGCUCAGGCAUAUGACACGGCUCGCGCGGCGUUUGCUUUAGACAACAGCUCUCUUCUUGGACCGCCAAACAUGACAUCUCCGACAGCCUCUACACCCCUGCUUAACGGCUCACAUACACAACGGAAGAAGUACAUAUGUCCGUUCUGCAACAUGGGCGAAGGUCACACCACACGUGAAUAUACCAAAAGGACAAUUGGCACACCCAAUACCGAUUUUACAAUUGGCACCCCGACUUCGUCGAGUGCCCUAUCCAAGACCUACAAGUGCGAAUUCCAGAAGACUGACGCAUUCGACAAUCACAUUAAAGAGAUUAUCACGCGCAGACUCCGGAGGGUCUCAUGCAUUGCCAACAUCCAUGUGCUCCACAUUCUACAAAGUCGUACCUGUAUCCUCUACGCGAGAUGGCCGAACGUUCUUUCAACGACACCUCGGCCUGAAACUCAUUUCCGUGAUACCCCGAUUUAG